UUUUGACUAGACUUGUUAAGCAUAGAUUUUAUCGACCAAAUAACAAGAAAAAUACCCAUUACUAACUCUUUCUUAUAAUCAAUUCCCCCAAUUUCUACAUCUCUACACACAUAAGCUCACCAAACCUUCCAUCUCUCUUGCUAAUUUGAAGCCAUGUCCGCAGUAUCGACUUCAUCGGCGCUUUUACCCAAGCACCAGUCAACCCAAUUAUCAUCCGGAUCCUCUUUAAAGAAACAUGACCAUGGAUUCACCAAAUUAUUGUUUGGAACAUCCAAAAGGACAUUCUCUAUCAAAGCAGGAUACAGUGAUGAAAGAUCGAACAGUGGGAAUGCCUUUGUUGGUGGCUUUGUUCUAGGAGGAUUGCUUGUUGGCACACUUGGUUGCAUAUAUGCACCUCAGAUAAGUAAGGUGCUGGCUGGAACUGACAAAAAGGACUUGCUAAAGAAGCUGCCCAAUUUCAUUUAUGAUGAAGAAAAAGCUUUGGAGAAAACACGCAAGAAAUUGGCACAGAAGAUAGCGGAAUUGAACUCUGCUAUAGAUGAUGUAUCGUCUCAGUUGAAAUCAGAUGAUGAUGAUGAUGAUGAGCCUACCACCACUAAUGGUGUUGUUCCUGAUGAAACACAAGCUCUUGCAUAAAAAGAUAAUAAUUUCCCCAAAUCUAGAGGAUCAGAUUUAUCUAUGACAUGAUAUAAAAGAUAAGAGUUUGUCCAAGGAAGGUGAGAGCAUUCAUAUAAGCUAUGAAUCUUCUGAUUGAUAAUUAGGCCAAAAAAGAACAUGAAUGUAAGAAAUUCAUUUUUCAUGUCAAAAUGUUGACUUUCAUCAAAAAACUACUCCGGUUUUUAUCUUGUUCUCCUUGUUAAAUAAUAUAUUUCUACAAAUG